CGCAUGCGUGUAAGAUGGUGGCACUGGCAGUACCAGUUGGGGAAGUAAAGUUUCAGUAAGAAAAAAUGGGUCGUUAACUUUGUAUUCUUUUAUACGUCUCACACUCCACGCAGAGAGUAUAUCGUCCAGAGACAGAAGGAUAAUCAUGACAGCUAACGAGGAUCAAGAGAUGGAGUUGGAGGCUCUUCGCUCCAUCUAUGAGGGAGACGAGUGUUUCAAGGAAAUCAGCUCAGUUUCCUUUCAGUUUAGGAUAGGAGAGCUUGAGGACACCAAAGCGUUCAUCCUGGACAUCACAUGGCCUGAGACGUACCCUGAGACGGCCCCACAAAUCUCCCUUGAUGCCUUUUUCAACAACAGAAUCUCUGCAGAGACAAAGCAGCUGAUCCUGUCAAAGCUGGAGGAGCAGGUGGAGGCUAACCUGGGCACUGCUAUGAUGUAUACUCUGUUUGAGUGGGCCAAGGAGAACCAGGAGGCCCUCAUGGAGAACCACAAGCCUGUAGUCACUGCUGUGACGUUGACAUCCAGCAGUGAGGUGACGACUGCCGCCUCAACAGCCAAGAAGGAGAAGAAGAAGGAGCAGCUGACUAAAGCUCAGAAGAGAAGGAUGGUCAACAGAACAGAUAACAAAGGAGAAUUGCCAAGAGGUUGGAACUGGGUUGACGUUAUCAAAGUAGGUGUAUUUUAACUUCUCUCCACAAGAUGGUGCCCUUAUUCAGCUUUAUGCCUCCAGUGACAUACAUCAUGAACCUGACUAUAUUCAUUUGUCUUUUUCUCCCUCAUCAUCAACACUUGAUGAUCCUCCAGCAUGUAAGUAAAAACCAUCUAAAUUAAAACCCCUUUGAAAUCCUUCACAAAAUGCCAUGUCUCAUUGUUUCCUUGUGUUUUCAUGUUGUAGCUGAGUAAAACAGGAGGAAAAGAUGAUGAUUAGGAAACAGUGACCUGGUGCUGCUUUGUACAAGGACGUGUCAGUGAAGACUGAACUCACUGCGGCCUGUUGACGCUGCUGCUCCUGUCUAGAUGCCUUCAAAUCCUUCAACAUUUAGCACUCAACAUGGCUGCUUCCACCCUGAGAACCAAAGCAGGCUGGGUAAAGGUGGACUUCAGGAAAUACACACACACACACUCACACACAAACUGAGACUUUGAGUUGGGAAUGACUUGUUGCUCUUGUUGUGUUUUAUGUGUUUGUGGAAUACAGCCAGGUGACGAGGAACAUAUCAUCAGGUUUUCUUGGUCAUGCACAGUUAGCACACAGAUAUUCUGCUCAGUCAUCCGUCAGGGUGGAGUGUGCUGGGGAUAACUUGCUGUCACUGCCAUGUAGUCAGUCUGAGAUCAGGCCCAGGAGCCAGGUACUGGAGCUGAAAGUGUUGGAUUGUGGUUCUAAAUGGGUGUGUCAAAGUGCAGAGAAACUUUUAAUAACACACAAGCUGUUAAUCCUUUCACCUUUUCUUAUUUUGACAAAUGUUUUUUGCCCUAUGAAUUGAAAAACUUAAAUUUUUUAUAUAUAAAUAAAACUGAAUUUGGUCAA